UAGUAACACUCGUCGCCAGAGCUUUCCAGUCACUUUCUUACCUACCAACCAUCAUCUCCCUCUCUCUCUCUCUCUAGAGCGCAAUGGCCCUUCAAUUGUGGGAGACAUUGAAAGAAUCGAUCACCGCCUACUCAGGGCUAUCUCCGGCUACUUUCUUCACGGUUCUUGCUCUAGGCCUCACGCUUUACUACGUUGUCUCCAGUUUGUUCGGCUCCUCCGAUGGCGGCCACGCCCAUGACAGGUCCAGAGGCUUUGAGGAACAGAUGGAGCCUCUUCCCCCUCCUGUUCAGCUUGGUGAGAUCACCGCCGAGGAGUUGAAACUCUACGAUGGCUCUAAUUCCGAGAAGCCUCUACUCAUGGCCAUCAAGGGCCAGAUCUAUGAUGUCACGCAGAGCAGGAUGUUUUAUGGACCUGGUGGACCUUAUGCAUUGUUUGCGGGAAAGGACGCUAGUAGAGCUCUUGCAAAAAUGUCCUUCGAGGAUAAAGAUCUUAAUGGCGAUCUUACUGGGCUGGGUGUGUUUGAGAUGGAAGCUCUGCAAGAUUGGGAAUACAAGUUCAUGAGCAAAUAUGUGAAGGUGGGAACUGUCAAGACAACCGUGCCAGUAACCGAUGGUGCCGCCCAAAGUGAAGCAACCGAUGCUUCUCCAAGUGAUGCUGCUAAACCGGCAGAAGAAGCUGCCGAGGGUCAUGUUGCUAAACCUGCUGAAGAUGGUCCAUCGGAGACUGCUGCUCCUAAGGAAACUGAGGAAACCACAACCGCUGCUGCUGAUGUUGAUGUCGAGAAAAAGGAGUGAAAUACUAUCUAUAUGUUAAUGCAAAUAGGGUUGAAUGAUAUACUUUACCCUUGUUUACAUCAUUUCUCUCUUAUGACAGCCCUUGUAGGUCACAACUUGUCUAUUUUUUUUGGCUUAAUAAUGACGUGAAGCUUAUGAAGUUGUGUUUUA